AUGAACAUGGAAAACGACUUGAAGGAAGAACUGAAUAGAAGAAUGAGAGCAGCAUGGGCAGCAUUCGCAGCCGUCAGGGAAGCUACGGACCAAGAUCUUCGUGCCCAUCUCUUCGACUCGACAGUUCUUCCAGCGCUCUGUUACGAAGCGGAGACGUGGGCAGACACCGCUGCCACGUCUAGGAAGCUAUUUACUACCCACGGAGCCCUUGAGAGAUGCCUUCUGAAGUUUAACCGUCGCACACAACAUCUAGUAGGUCUUCGCAGCUUCGACUUAAGAGUAAUGUCUCGUCUUCGCGACCCAGCGGAAUAUGUAUCGAAAGCAAAAAAUAGAUGGGCCGGUCACCUCGUGAGAAGAAUCGACGAUAGAUGGACUAAAAGAACGCUAGAGUGGAUACCAAGAGAGGGAGACGCCAACGGGACCUCGUCAACGUCACUCACGACACUUGAAAACAUCUUGGAUGACAAUAGCGAGGGAACGAAACGAGUGGAAGAGAUGCUGGAGCCCGCACGUUCAGUGAAGAUGGGCCAUCUAAAUAGAUUGAUUUGCAUUGUCCUCGUCUCCAUGACAUUUUUACUGGCUACGGCUGUUUUCUUCAUCACGAAGCAUAUCGUCACGUCAAGUCACUCAAGAUCCAUCGAAGACAAGAUUGACCAACCAUCGUUAUCUGACCGCUAA